AUGGUCAAAGCGCCCUCGAAUUCAGCAAGGCGGAAAAUGUUUAAAAGGUUAUAUCAAGAGCCUCAGAAAAUUCAACCUGUCCGUGAAAGUUCUAAUAUAUAUCAACUUUCAAGCUUUGUGAAUGCACACGCCCUAAAGACGUGGGAGGUCAUGGCUCGAGCAAAUAAGAUGAGGUCUUUGGUCCACCGGUGUGGGCCACAAUUUAAUUCAGCAGGGGGCAUGCUGAGUACUUUAUCAGAAGGCAAAUACAUUUUGAAUGACAGUAUCCCGAAAUUAAGUGGUAUUUUGUCUUUUUUCAAAAGCUUUUGUUCCGAAAAAUACAAUUACUCUGAAGAUAUCUUGUUUAAUCCUCCUAUUUUACCUCACGACUCUCAAUCUAUCCUUAAAAGAGUGGAUGAGUUAGAAAAAAAAUUUUUACAGGACGAAAAGAUUGCUGCUUCGGGAACAGUUAGGCCCGUUACAAAAGCACUGAACUUUGGCUCUUCUACGUUUGGACGCCCAACGGAAGAAGAAGAUUAUCAAUCUGAAAAAGUUUCUUCCGGUGAAAAUUUAGAAGACGAAGUUUAUAAUAAGUUUUUUUCUAAGUAUGAGGGCGCUUGUGAUAAACUUAAAUUAGAUAAUUCAAAGUUGGUAAACUAUAAGAAAAACAGAGAGUAUGCUCUUGGCCUUUUACCAAUAGACGUCCGAGAGAAAGUUUCAGAGAGAACUAAAAGAUCACUGGCUAAAUUUGCCACGGAAACGAACAAAAAGAAGGCCUCUUCUUUUUCUCUCGGGGAAAUGGAGAAGUCUCUGAAGGGGUUGUGCUUUCCGGACCGGCUAUUAAGAAAAGCAGCAACCAUCCAGAAGUGCGUUGAGCAAAUUAUAUUGAGGCAGGAUCCCUUAAUCUCGAAUGCACUUCAAGAAGUUGGUGUCAGAGUUGUUAAGGUCGAAAUGAAAAAGCAAGCAGUUGCGGUGAUUCGCUGGAGGAGUACAAGGGGGCCCGAGUAUGAAACAGCGGAAAAGGCAAAGGAGAUUUCUACGUACUUGAGUUCUAUUAGCGGACGGCUUCGCCACGCUGCUCAGGCUCGGCUACAGAUGGGACAUAUCCCGAGCAUGGUUUGGGCGCUGGACAGGGAAGGCGCAGAGCAGUCUAAACUUGACGAGGUUUUUGAACGUCUAAAAGAGGAAAAACAUUUGCUCGAAACAAUGAAGAACCAAAAGACACAGAGUAGCAGUAGUAGCAAAAGCGAGUUAUCUUAAUAAAGCUAUAAACUAUUUAUGUUAAAAGUUCGGUUGUUGUGU